AUGGAGUCAGAGAACACUGUGCGGAAUCGAAAUCUCGAACAAAUCACUUCGCUGAAGCUACAGGCGUCUGUGACCGUCAACCGUUUAUGCAUGUUGAGCAUAUACGUGCCUAAUUUGGUGCAACUCGAUCUGACCGACAGUUUCCUGCCGUCAUUAAGAGAUUUCGCGUUCAAGUUGGACAAUCUGAAAAUACCAACGAUGACCUCGUGCGGUCUACGGUCGCUGGACGGAAUCUGGAACGUACAAGAACUAUACGCCAACGACGUAAGCAACAUAACGUUGUGCUCGACACUGACAGAUCUAACCGUUCUGGACUUUGCCCGAAACAAAAUUAUGAACUUGUCAAAACUGCAUUUUUUGAACUUCUGCGAACGGUUACGAUGCCUGAUCCAGUUUAAAGGCCGUUUAAAAUUACUAAACAAACUUAUGGAUAUUUAGUUACAGUAAUUCUGAUAAUUUUAAUUAGAAUGUACUACAAAAUUAAAAAACCGACUACUGAUCGACUCGAUUAUGUGUGGUAACAUAACUGCUGUGUUAAGAAGUAAAAAAAAUACCAAUCAAAUGAUGAAAAAGGGUACAGAAAGUUCAGAAAAAAGUAUUGAAUAAGACAAUAUAUUAUUAUAAAAUACAACUAAGUCACUAGAAGUAUGAUAAGAAAAAAAAAAUGACAACUUGCUUAAUAGUUAAA